GCAGAGUUCAGUUUCAGUGAAAUAGGAAGCAUCAGGAGCCAUUUUAGCUUCGCAGGACACACAAAUUGCUGCAUUCCCCUCAACCAUGGAGCACUGUUAACUAUCAGAUAACGUCUCUACCAGGCUGGCUGUGGGAGAACGGGAGCCAUGGUGACAAUGAAUCACUUGAGUGUGGAGGACCCAGACGAUGGCUCUCCACUGCUGCCUGAGGCCGUGGAGGCUCAAACACCAACGCCUGUCUUUCGCAGACAGCGAGCAGUCGCCAAGACUGACUCAAGGCAGUUUUUCUUGAGCAGGAGGGAGAACCUUGUCUUCAGUCUAGUACUGCUGAUUGGAUGCUACUCGGCUAUUCUGAUUCCUGCAUAUUUACCUUUGGAUAGGAUGGCAUCUGUCAACGAUGACUACCAACAACCCAAAGAUCUGGUCUUACUAAAUCGUUCAGCGUCCCUGCUGUCAAGCCCCUGUCAGCCCCGCUGGUGUCUGAACCACCUUAAGCCCCUGGCCUGUUCUGCAGGCCUCCUAGACAUCCCUGUGUUUGUGCAGCAGGACAAGCCUAUGCCCUGGGAACUGUCCCCUCCUCUGGGGCUCCAGGGCAGUGAAGAGCAUCUGACGCUGGCUCUUGCCUCAUUGCCUCAGCCUGGCCUGCCUGCAUCACUGAAGGGAGAAGGCAGCUGCAGGCGAUGUGUGGUUGUGGGCAACGGAGGGGUCCUUCAUGGGAGCUACCUUGGAUCCCAUAUAGAUCAGUAUGACAUCAUUAUCAGGCUGAAUAAUGCUCCAGUGCCUGGCUUUGAGAGAGAUGCUGGUUCCCACACCACCAUCCGUCUGACAUACCCAGAGGGAGCACCUCACUCUGCAAACGAGUACAAAAAAACCACCAUGGUUGCUCUGGUUGUCUUUAAGAGCCUGGACCUGGACUGGCUCAUUUCUGUCAUCACCAAACAACCACUGAGCUUCUGGUCCAAACUAUGGUUCUGGAGGGAGGUGGUAGAUGAUAUACCCCUGGGACCAGAGAACUUCAGGAUCCUCCACCCAGAGAUUAUUCACAAGACAGGACAAGUUCUACAGAAAUAUACACAGAAACAGGGAAACAUGGUGCCAACAUUAGGUGCUAGUGCGGUGGUGAUGGCGUUGCAGCUGUGUGACCAGGUGAGCCUGGCAGGGUUUGGGUACGAUAUGCAGCACCCACAGGCCAGGCUUCACUACUAUGAGACCUUACGCAUGGGCGCAAUGAAGGCUCAAGUGGUGCAUGACGUCAGCGCUGAGAAACUCUUCUUGAGGGACCUGGUAUCUGCAGGAGCUGUGACUGACCUCACAGGAGCUCUGUGAGUCAGCAGUGCUUGGGCUGAUUAUAAAACUCUCUAGAACUUUUUUUAUACACUCCUCUCUCUCACUGUGAGCUUAUGUGCAGUCUGCCAUAACUGUGCCCUACUGGAAGAAAAGAUUCCCACACAGCUUUCUCUCUGCAGGGUAGACAAGAUGGUAGAAACUAACCAAAGUUUGUCGUUUCAAUUCUAUGAACUUAUUUUAUCACUAGUUGUAGUAGUUGUCAUAUGGAUGAACAAUUGUGCCAUCAGACAGAAACGUGUUCUGUGACUGGCUUGGUUUCGUAAUAUGAAUGCAAUGGUUCAAACAGUGCUAUUUUAGUGUUUACAAUGACUCAAUAAAUAAUUGUCUUAAUUAAGAAAGACAUACAGUAAUUACUGUUGCAUGUUUUAUUCAUUCAAAUCAUGACACUAUCCGAAAUAAAGGCAAAAAUUGACAAUUAUCUGCAUUUAUAAAAAUCAACUGCAAAUUUUUAAAAGUGAAAAAAACAACAACGUAGUAUUACUAAUAAAUAA